AUGGAGAAGGCCCCCGUCUCUGAGAGCAGGCCAUUAAGGCAGGCAUCCAGGCAGCGGCGUAGAGCCGUGCGGGGCCCGGCGGCGAUGGAGAUGGAUGCGCGUUGGGGUCCCGCGGUACGGCUGCUAGUGCUGGUGCGGGCCUGGGCGCUGGUGUCGGGGCAGGUGCGGUAUUCGGUGCCGGAGGAAGCUAAGACCGGGACGGUGGUGGGCCGGCUGUGGCAGGAGCUGGGUCUGGAGGCGGGCGAUGCGGAGGCGCGUCAGCUGCGUGUGGUGUGGCAGGGCCGGCGGGCGAGCGUGGAGGUGAGCGGGGCGAGCGGGGCGCUGGUGGUGAGCUCGCGGCUGGACCGGGAGGAGCUGUGCGGGAAGAGCGCUCCGUGCUCGCUGCGCCUGGAGGUGCUGCUGGAGCGGCCGCUGCGCGUCUUCCCUGUGGAGCUGGAGGUGACCGACAUUAACGACAACGCCCCGCGCUUCCCCGUAAACGAAGAAGCCUUUAACAUCGCGGAGCUGUCGCUGCCGGGUUCCCGUUUCCCGCUGGAGGGCGCGUCGGAUGCAGAUAUCGGCGCGAACGCGGAGCUCUCCUACACACUUAGCCCCAGCGAGCACUUCCGAUUGGAUCAUCAGAGAAAUGAUGACCAGAGCGACUCUUUGGCUCUUAUUCUAACAAAACCACUGGAUCGAGAGAGGGUGCCUGUGCACCGAUUGAUUCUGACUGCAACUGACGGGGGCCGGCCAUCACUGACGGGCACGAUGGAGCUGGUGAUCACGGUGCUGGACGCGAAUGACAAUGCUCCCCAGUUCAACCAGUCGGUGUAUAAAAUUAAAGUGUUAGAAGGGUCAGAAGUUGGAACUCUGUUAAUCACUCUCAGUGCCACGGAUUUGGACGAAGGGAGCAACAGUGAUAUUAUGUAUUUAUUUAGCAGGCGAGUUGCUGCUCAAGUUAAAGAAAUGUUCAGUGUUGACGAAAACAAAGGGGAACUGAGACUGCAGGGGAAAUUAGACUAUGAAGAAAUGGAUAAUUACGAGAUUACAAUAGAAGCGAGAGAUAAGGGGACACCCCCGCUGUCGGGUCACUGCAAGGUGUUGUUGGAGGUGCUGGACGUGAACGACAACGCGCCCGAGGUGUGGGUGACGUCCCUGUCGGUGCCGGUGCCGGAGGACGCGUCGGUGGGGACGGUGGUGGCGCUGCUGAGCGUGUCGGACCGGGACUCGGGGGCGAACGGGCGAGUGCGGUGCUGGGUGUGGCCGUCGUCGCCGUUCGGUCUGGAGUCGAGGUUCGCGGGGUCGUACUCGCUGGUGCUGCGGGAGGCGCUGGACCGGGAGCGGGUGUCUGCGUACGAGGUGGAGGUGCGUGCGGAGGACGGCGGGCAGCCGGCGCUGCGUGGGAGUCGCGGAGUGCGUGUGCCGGUGUCCGACGUGAACGACAACGCGCCGUCGUUCUCGCAGGCCGUGUACACGGUGCUGGCGCGGGAGAACAACGCGGCGGGGGCGGAGCUGGCGCGGCUGUGGGCGCGGGACCCGGACGAGGCGGAGAACGGUCGCGUGAGCUACUCGGUGUGGGAGGGCGGCACGGGGGCCACGUCGUCAGGCGGCGGGUGGCGUCCUGCAUCGAGCUACGUGUCGGUGGACGCGGAGAGUGGUCGUCUGUGGGCGGUGCGGCCGUUGGACUACGAGGAACUGCAGGUGCUGCAGUUCGAGGUGCGAGCGGUGGACGCGGGGGAGCCGCCGCUGUUCGGCAACGCCACGGUGCAGCUCUUCGUGGUGGACGAGAACGACAACGCGCCCAUGCUGCUACCGCCCGCGGGCGGCGGCCCGGGGCUGGUUCCGUUUGUGGGUGGCGUUGUCGGAGCAUCGGUGGAAGCAGCGACGGGGUCGGAGUCGGAGACGCUGUGGGCGUGGGCGACAUGGGGGUCGCCUGCAGGGCAGGUGGUGGCGAAGAUCCGUGCUGUGGACGCGGACUCGGGCUACAACGCGUGGCUGCGGUACGAGGUGUGGGAGCCGCGUGGGAAGGGCCCGUUCCGCGUGGGGCUGUACAGCGGCGAGGUGAGCACGGCGCGGGCGCUGGAGGAGGCGGACGGCCCGCGUCAGAGGCUGGUGAUCGUGGUGCGGGACCACGGCGAGCCGUCGCGCUCGGCCACGGCGACACUGAGCGUGUCGCUGGUGGAGGGCGGCGAGGCGGCGCUGUCGGUCGCGGGGUCGUCGUCUUCCUCGAGGCUGGGUGUGCUGUCGGUGGCGGAGGGCAGCUUGGCAGCGGGCGCGGCUUCGUCGUCGGCCAACGUGUGGCUGGUGGUGGCCAUCUGCGCGGUGUCGAGCCUGCUGGUGCUGGCACUGGUGCUGUACGGCGUGGCGCGCUGUGCGCCGCGGGCGGCGGUGCUAUCGGGUCCCUCUCCGGCGACGCUAGUGUGCGCCAGCGAAGUGGGCAGCUGGUCGUACUCUCAGCGGCAGAGCCGGAGCCUGUGCGUGGCGGAAGGAGCAGGCAAGAGCGACCUCAUUGUUUUUACCCCUAAUCUGCCACCGCCGCCUCCCGGCCCCGUUGCAGAAAAUGGUUCUGUUGGCAAUGGGCUGUCUCCUUCCCCGCUCUCUUCAAGCAUGGCAUCUAAUGGCAGUAGUGGAUGUUAG